AUGUCAGAGACAUCUAGAAAUGAUGGCCCCCAUGUCACCUGCGAUCUUCCAUGCCGAGAGGCGACCCACCAUCCGCUUGGCCCAUCCAUGUUUCAACUAACACUCUCUUCUGCCAACAAAGACGAAAUCUUUUCAGAAGCACUAUCAGACCUCGACAAAAGUCACCAACAAACCUCCACCAUUCUACAGAACCUGCAAAAAUGGAAUCCUGCCACCGCAGCCUUGUUCACACUACGAUCUCCCUCCACUAUUCUGUCCACUCCCUUCCGACUCGUCUAUCCCAAUGAGCAUCUAUGCGCUUUUGACGAGGCUGGACUGUACGCCAGACAGUUCCUCGCCAUAUCGUACUGUUGGCAUUCUCCCGACUUCCAGCCAGGAGACUCUGGAUGCCACGAUGUCUGGCCCGUCAAAAAGUCAAUUGUAGACGCCAUAUGGACCGAGAAGCCUCAUCCCCGUGUGGGAAUUUGGAUGGAUCAAUUAUGCAUUGAUCAAUCCUCAUCUGCGGACAAGCGAGCCUCGGUUGCCGCCAUGGACAUCAUUUACCGCUCUUGCUUACGCCUGGUCAUUCUGCUCGAAGACGUGCUUCUCGACGAACAGGAGAUUAGGCUUGUCCAAAAGUACGACAUCUUCACUCGCUCUUUUGACCGGACGUGGAACUUUGAACCGGAUGAUGUCGCUGUUUUUGCAAGUUUCUAUGACAAAGUGGAUGGGGCCCGGUGGUGGAGUCGGGCAUGGUGUUUCCAUGAAUUCAGUGUGCAUCAGCCGUGGACGGACAAACGCCAGUCUGACGGUAGAUACAAUGCGACGUUUAUACUGUGCGGGCCCAACGACACGACCGUGAAGAUUAAGUGGGUGAAUCUGCAGCUGCUCAUGGGAAGCGCAGCGUACGUACUCCCCAACGCGUCUGGCUGGGUCAAGGGGCAAGCCAUCUUCGCUGGCGUGGGAUUGAAGUCUCAGGAUCAGGAAAGAGGGUGGAGAAGCAGCAUCAUGGCCCGACACAAUGGAGUUAGCGACAUGGGCAGCAGUCUCUUGGAAGAUCGUCUUAGUAUCAUGAUGAAUUUGUGUGGCUUGGGUCUAGCAUAUGUAGGUCCAGGUCUGGGGUCUACAGACGAGAUAUUCUAUCUAAGUACUCUACUCGCGCUGGCAGCUGGAGAGACGGCGCCCUUGACCCUGAUGCAUCACCAGUCUAUGAGGCUCCAGGGAAACCCGACCUGGCUAUCCAAACACACAGUCAUGAACGACAUCACAAUCCCCGGCUUCAAAAUCCAAACCCUCACCGGCAUCCAUCAGAUCCAGCCCGCCCAAAUCGAACUCGACAUGCUCUUCCUCGACGCACCCUGGGAGUCCAUCAAACCCCAGCAUCUCGCACCCACCUACACCAUUUUCCCCCACACAAUCCCCACCACCCCACCAGCCACCCACAUCUCAGCCGCAGCAAGUCGCGUCAUGUCCAUCUACUCGUACUCCGAAACCGACCUCGACCUGCCCCGCCGCCGCUUCCUAGCAGGCUGCAUCCUAAGCGGCGCCCGAUUCACAACCCGCCUAUGGACCCAAAUCCAAAACGAUAUCAUCAGCCCAAACUACAACACCGGCGCCUUUAAAAACCUCUCCCCAAACCCCACCUUCACCGUCCCAGCAACCCGCUUCCUCACCCAGCUUUUCCCCAUCUCAACCCUCCUCGGCAUCUCGCAGUCCUCACACACUUUCACCCCGCACGACGCCGCCUUGUUCCUCACCUGGCUAUCCGACCCCCGAUCAAUGUACUACAUCGGCCUCCACACCUUCCGCACCGAAUACAGCCCCCGCCCCCGCCCCGACUUCGCCUUCAUCAAUUCAAUGACGUGUAACCAGUAUUUCCGCACCGCCAACCCCGAGCAACAACAUCAGCUACGCAUCGCCAUUCCCACUCAUCUCCUCGCGUCUUCGUGUAUACCGCUGCGCGCGUGGAUUCUGCAGCCUGUUGGCGUGCCGGGGGUGCAGAGGUGGCGGCUUGUGGGUAAGGCGUUGGUGCUUGGGGAGGGGGAUUUGGAGGAUGAGGCGAGGGGGAAGGGGGAGAGGGUUAGGGUGGAGAGGGUGGUUGUUUGUGGGUGA